AUGGGCCUUCUCUCCGUGCUCAGCGACGCGGUGUCCGCCAUCGCCAAGCCAACCUCUGACGACCCCAUUCUUGAAUGUGGCGAUGAGCUUCGCGAGCUCCUGCUCACGAACUUCGAAAAAGCAAAGCAGGCUGCCAACGCCAAACUACACGUUUUCCCAUUCAAAAAUGUGCAAGAGUGCUGGCGCCGGCUCUAUACCGACGCGUCAAUCAUCCACGCCUGCGUCAUCGCCGCCGGACUGACCUCCGCCAGCUCCGAGCCAAACUUCAACGUGGUGCUCCGGAUACAGGAACUCGAAGAUGCAGGCACAGAGCCCAGAGUCAGUCUCCAUGCGCCAUGGCUGUCUCAAGUCGUGGAAAUCCUCGAUAACGCGUUGAUCAUGACGGGGGCACCCCGCCGCGAACGGCUCAUUGAGCUCCUACUGUCCACGCUGGAAGUCGCAACAGAAGCCCAAGAUGCCGAAAAUGACAGCGACGACAACAUAGGACCUCAAUCUAAGCGACGGAAGUUUUCGCCGCCUCUCUUCCCUCCAAAUGCUCUCCCUAAUCCCCACAUCGAGUUCCCCAUCCCGCGAUUGUCGGCGCCCUCGUUUGACUCCAUCGAACAUCACAUUGAGGAUGUACGCACCCCGCUUAUCAUUACAAACGCGCUUGAUCACUGGCCGGCAUUGUCAACACGUCCUUGGGCUUCGCGUGACUACUGGUGGAAACGCACGCUCGCGGGUCGCAGACUUGUACCCGUUGAGGUGGGAAGGUCAUACACAGACGAGGACUGGGGGCAGAAGAUCAUGCCGUUUAAGGAGUUUGUUGAAAAUUACAUCUGGCAUGGGAAGAUGACUCCGACAGGCGGGCAAGAAAACCAGGGCCAUGGUGUAAACCAGAGCGGCGAAACGGGCUAUAUGGCGCAGCACGACUUGCUUGCUCAGAUCCCUGCUCUGCGCAAAGACAUCAGUAUCCCUGACUAUUGUUACAUUACUCCCCCAGCCCCAACUCCUGGCACGCCGGUAUAUGAGAAGAGGGAGCUAAAGCGCAGGGAGGCCCAAGAAUCGACAUCGGAGAAUCACGCUGAAAAAUCGGGAUCUCGACGAGGCUCACUAGCAAGCCAGCAAGAAAAUGACCAUUCAGAUGGAGACUCAUGCUCGGGUCUGCCCAGUGACCCGAUCAUCAACACAUGGAUUGGUCCCUCCUGGACUAUCUCCCCUCUCCACCAUGACCCCUACCACAAUAUCCUCACGCAGGUCGUGGGCACCAAAUAUAUCCGCCUGUACUCGCCUCACACGCCUGCCUCUCAGAUUCACCCACGCGGCGAAGAAACUGUCACUUCUGUCGAUGAAUCGGCGGACCCAGAUCCGGAAACGGGGGCUCGUCCACUGACUACUAAGCUUAUUGAUAUGUCAAAUACCUCCAGGGUCGAUCUGGCCUCUAUUGAGCUUUCUCCCGCUGAAUUCGAGCAGUGGGAAGAAAUGUGGCCUGGGUUUAUGGAUGCGCCCUAUGUCGAAACCGUCCUCCAUGCAGGCGAGUGCCUCUACAUUCCUGUUGGAUGGUGGCAUUAUGUGCGUGGAUUGAGGGCUGGAAUUAGUGUUAGCUUCUGGUGGGGAUGA